UAACCCACAUAAAGGUCCAAACACUAGCGGCGCUUUUCUGGCACUGUUGGAUAAUGUCUUGUUUUUGAAUUGGUUCCUGAUAAGAUUGUCAGCCAGUUUUUUCUGAGGUAUAAGGGUAGAACAGCUGUUGGGUGGACAUUUCAGCCACUUAGUAACCUGGAUCUCGGCAGCAGAACCAUGGUUCUCCUCUGCACAUUUAGUCUGUCUCUGCUGCUCACCUGCCUGGCAGGAACACUUGCCAGUGAGAGAGAGCAGGGCAGGACAUCGGAGGAAACCACACCAUAUGGGCCGUCCUUUGUGAAGAUCAGUGGGGUGAACACAGUGACGGUGGAAGUUCCUUAUGGCUUCCAGUGCUCAGCCAAUUGCUUUCCAGCCUGCACCUUCACCUGGACCAGAGGAGGGCUCACCACCCAGGGCCCAGAGCUCAACCUCCAGCUGAAGGAGCAGGUUCCUCCACAGGUCCUGAUCUGUACGGCUAUAAACCCCACCACUGGGAAGUCAGUGACGGUCAGCAAAACAGUCAACGUGACGGCUGGACCGUCCAAUAUAAAGAUCACAGGUCCUGAUACACUGUCCAGUGGAGUGACGUCCAACUUUUCCUGCUCUGCUGAUUGCUACCCGUCCUGCUCCUACACCUGGACAAUUAGUUCUGAAGCACAAAGCACAGUGACAACCAAAUAUGGUCAAACCAUCUCCGUCACACCUGACUCCUGGGAGAUUGCAGAGGAAUUGAUCUGUGAGGCUCAGGACACUGUCUCACUCCUCUUCAUCUCAACCUAUGUUACACCUUAUGUGGCCCGCGGACCGGAGGCCAUUUUGAUCACGGGUUCCAGCUCAGUGACAGUAGGAGACACUUACAACUUUGUGUGCCUUGUUGACUGCACCCCCUCCUGUACGUUUACCUGGACAUUCAAUGGAAAGAUCUUCAAUGGCGACGAGAUCCAGUUGCCCAUUUUCCAUAAGGGCGAUAAGCCCAUGGUUGGCAGUAAACUGGUGGUUACUGUUGAUGAGUACAGGCACAAUGAGGCACUGACGUGUGAGGCCAAGAAUGUUGCCUCAGGGGUCACUGCUGUUAGCACCAAGAUCCUGACCGUCACUGAUCCUAUCUCUGUACAGCCGGCAUCCCAGAACAAGCCCUUGGCACACCAGCCCUUCUCACUGCAGUGUGUGGGCUCUCAGAAUCCAGCCUCCAUUUUGUGGUUAAAAAAUGGCCUCCCUAUAGCUGUGUCCGGCAGGGUCAGUCUCUCCCCCAACAACAUCACUAUGUCUUUUAGUCCUCUGCUCCAGUCUGAUGGUGGGCUGUACCAAUGCAUCGUUUCUCAGGGGGGAGCACCCAUCAAAGGGGUUGGGUACCAACUGAAUGUAAAUUAUGGACCACUUCAAGCUGUUAUCAUCCAAUCUGGCAAAGGCCCAGUAGGUAAAGUCCUGUAUCUCCUGCCUGGAUCAAAGACAGACCUUCAGUGUUCGGCCCUGUGCUACCCCACCUGUACCUACACCUGGAUAUACGAGGGGAGGCUGGCAGAGAUGAACGCCUCCUUCUCCCUCACACCUGAGACCACCAUGGACGGAGGACCACUCAGCUGUGUGGCUUACAAUUCAGUGACCAAUGACAACAGCACUGCCAAUACCUCAGUUGUGUUAAUUGAUGGACCAUCUAACGUGACCAUCUCAGGACCAGGUGCCCUAGAGGUAGGGAUCAAGGCCAGCUUCAAGUGUAUUGCCCAGUGCUCUCCCUCUUGCAGCUACACCUGGAGUGUGUAUGGUCGGACCAUGCACGGCCGUGUGGUUGAUAUAACCGUCAACCGUUACGUGGCCACUGAGUCUUUCAGCUGCGAGGCACACAACACGAUCACCGGGAAGACAGCCACAGCCAAUGAGACACUCAGUGUCACAGAUUCUCACUGGUGUGGAUGUUGAAAGUCAAGAGAAGAAUUCCAUUCAAUGGCGGUGGGACAACAAUGCAAUCUAACAGUGUCUUUAUUAUCUUGUACUGCUGUUUGGAAAAUGUGUGCUUUAUUAAUGAAGAUCGACAGACUUCCUGUAAUUGGUUUACUUUCCACAGUCUAUACUUUCGUGCCAACCUUAGUCCAUGUGUAGAGGACACAAAAACCUAUAUUUUACAGUUAAUGUGUGAAAAUGCUAUUUGCUGAAAAGUAUCUUUUCCGUAUCUGCACUUCCAGUGAUCAUCAAUAAAGAUUGUCAAUUUA